GCGAAGGAAGGUGCUACUGGUAUGGUGGCGAGGUCUUCCGCUCUAGUGGCCAUCAUCUUGGAAACUCCUCGUCGGUUUUUGCGCGGGGUUUAGUUUUGCUGCUAUCAUUCUUCUAAGUCGUAUGUACGGAAGGGGUCGCGGCAAGAAGCCCGGCCGGCGGGGCAAGUGGUCGGGCGACGACCGGUAUUGGAUGGAGGGUAGCGGGAGCAAUGGGUACUCAACGGGGAAUGCGGCAAUGACAUACCCUGGAGGCAACCCAGCUCCGCCUGGUAUCGCUCCUGUCCAACCAUACCCAUAUGCCGGAGGGCAGGCUCCUGCGAUGCCACAGCAAGCUGCUCCAAUACAGUUCUCCAAUGGACAAUGGGGUGCGCAUCCGUGGCUUCACACGGGACAGUGGCCUGCGCAUGUUCCUUGGGUCGCAGCACACCCAAUGGCAGCACCUACGUUUCCUCCCGGUAUACCGCCGGUAAUUCCCCCAACUACUACUACUCCUACACCUCCACCUCCUCCUCCUCCUCCUCCUCCUCCUCCUCCUCCACCACCCCCUCAGUACUUGCACCCUGGUAAUCCGCCAGCGCAGCACGGGCACGGCGGAAACUCUUCCGGGAGUGUUAAAGGCCAUUCUGCAAAUGCUUUUCCCGGUCCUGGGAACCGGGCUUACUUUACAAAAGAAUACAUGGACAUUCUAGAAGGCAUCAAGAUGAACAAGGUGCUGGAGGAGGCGAGGAAGAAGAUCGGUUGUUCCCGUAGAAGUGGGGUGAAGAUCACUGAACUUCCUGAAGAAAACAGCCAGGCAGAGUCAAGAGCGGCCGAUAAAUCGGAGGAAAUGAAGGUCUGGGUAACGACUACGCUCGGCGAUUCGCUGAAACUUAUCACCGAGAAGUUAGAGGCGGUCGAUUCAAAGGCAAAGUUGACGGGGGCAGAGAAGGAGGAGCUGGAGCGACUUCGGAAGGAAAAACUCGGAGAGAAGGAGAGUAAAGAGGGUAAGGACGCAUCCAGCAACAAGAAGAGGAAGAGGACUAGCGCUCAUACCCCUCUUGAGAACUCUCCUUCCGCUGCUCGCGCCAAGUCCCGCUCACACGAAAGUCUGAAGACACGUCCGAAACGCAUCGAGGUCUCCUCUGACGAAGAAGGCGAGGGUAGCGUAAAGCAGAACCUUCACUCCAAACUCGAAAACAACAACGAGCUCUUUAACAUGAAACGUAUGCUCGCAGCUUUGAUGCAGGGGAUGGGAGAUGCAAAAGGGAAGGCACAAGUGAUUGAACCCACUGGUACAAAACCCGCUGCCACGGACGAAGACACCGAGGACAUCGAUAUCACUCAGAAUGCCCCGAAUGCUGACGAGGAGGAAGAAGAAGAGGAUGAAGGGGGGCUUGCUGCGUACAUGAAGAUUCAAAUGGAUUUUUACAGGUCACUACACUACACCCGCGUGCAGGAACUGUGUAGGGAAAAAAACAUCCAAUAUUUCCGCAAGGAAAUGGGGGCUUGGGAACUGGCCAGACGUGACUUACAAGACUACACCGAUCUCCUGAAGGAAGAGAAGGGCGCGAAGAAGGGCGAGUUAUCAAAGAAGCCUGUCGUGGAUGAAGUCGAUCCCGCGAAGCAGUCUGAUUCACACCCCAUCAGGGGAAACUAGGCGGCUACAGCCUGAGGUCGUUGAUGCGGGCUACGAAGCGGAUUACAGGCCUGAAGCACCGUGUAGACAGCUCACUCUG